GGAAGCCAGCGAGGUCGGUUCCGCCCGACUCUAACAUGGCGGCGCCCUUUGUCUGUUCUGAAGUGCCGUCCUCGGCCUUCUCGCGGCCGUGAUGCACCUCCCUUUACGGUGGGGUCCGGGACAUGGCAGCCAUGGAUUUUCCCCAGCACAGCCGGCACGUCCUGGAGCAGCUGAACCAGCAGCGGCAGCUGGGACUGUUGUGUGACUGCACGUUUGUGGUGGACGGGGUUGACUUCAAAGCCCAUAAGGCAGUUCUGGCGGCCUGCAGCGAGUACUUCAGGAUGCUCUUCGUGGACCAGAAGGAUGUGGUGCACCUGGACAUCAGUAACGCGGCAGGCCUGGGGCAGGUGCUGGAGUUCAUGUACACGGCCAAGCUGAGCCUGAGCUCCGAGAACGUGGACGAUGUGCUGGCCGUGGCCAGCUUCCUGCAAAUGCAGGACAUCAUCACGGCCUGCCAUGCCCUCAAGUCACUGGCUGAGCCGGCCACCAGCCCCGGGGAGAAUACGGUGGCCUCGGCCACGGAAGGAGGAGACAAGAGAGCCAAAGAGGAGAAGGUGGCUGCCUCCACGCUGGGUGAGCUGGACCCUGGCGGCAGCGGUCUGCCCACAGGCCCAGGCCGGGAGCCCAAAGAGGAGCGGGGCGGCCAGGCCGAGAGCACGGCCAGCGGGGCCGAGCAGACGGAGAAGGCUGAUGCCCCCCGGGAGCCACCCCCCGUGGAGCCCAAGCCCGACCCCACGAGCAGCAUGGCCGCUGCGGAGGCCGAGGCCGCCUUGUCAGAGAGCUCCGAGCAAGAAAUGGAGGUGGAGCCGGCCAGGAAAGGAGAGGAGCGGGACGAGGAGGGCGCGGCGGAGGUCAAGGAAGAGGGGCCGCCGCUGGAGAAGGGGGAGGCCCCCGAGGAGAGCGAGGAGUCGGCCAGCACGGACUCCGGCCACGAGCUGGGCGCCGAGGCCCGGGGCCUGCGUUCAGGCACCUACGGCGACCGCACGGAGUCCAAGGCCUACGGCUCGGUCAUCCACAAGUGCGAGAGUGUCUAA